ACACCACACACUCACACUCUCUCUCUAUAUCCAUUUUUCAUCAACAAAAUCCCCAAAAACCUCUCAAAAUAAAGUUAAAAAAUUCCUCUCAAAUCAAUCAUCAAAUGAAAAUCUCUCCUCUGUUCUUCUUCUUCUGAAUUCAAUUCAACCAACAAUUUCAAUUCAAUUUCAAUCCCCUCAUCCCAUGGAUAAUUACGCUUACAAUUCCUAUGCUGAAUCCGGCGACUCUUCCCCUCGUUCCCGUGAGAUCGAUUUCGAAAACCCUCCUCCCUGGGACGAUGCUCAGCUCCAGAACCAGAACUACAAGGUCAAGUUCAUGUGCAGCUAUGGCGGUAAGAUCCAUCCUCGUCCUCAUGAUAACCUUCUCUCUUACGUCGGUGGCGAGACUAAGAUCUUCGCUGUCGAUCGCUCUAUUAAGUUCGCUUCUAUGAUUGCUAAGCUUUCUUCGCUUUGUGAUACUGAUGUUACCUUCAAGUAUCAGCUUCCCGGUGAGGAUCUUGAUGCUUUGAUUUCUGUUACUAAUGAUGAUGAUCUUGAGCAUAUGAUGCACGAGUACGAUCGUCUCUAUCGUGCUCCUGGAAGGCCGGCUCGGAUGCGGCUUUUUCUAUUUCCGGCUAAUCAGAGCCCUAGCUUUGGCUCUGAUGGAGGUAGGUCGGAUCGGGAUCGAUUUGUCGAGGUUUUGAGUUCUGGUUCUGGUCAUGGAGGUGGUGAUGCGCCUAAGCAAUCUGUUCCCAAUAAGGUGGAUUUUCUGUUUGGUUUGGAUAAAAGUGGAAUCGCGCCUCCUCCACCGCCGCCUGUGGCGAUGAAAUUGCACGAUCCGUUACCUGAGCCCGUUGCUCAGCCGAUUGAACCUGUUGCUAGACCUGUUCCGGGAGAUCGGAUCGCUGUAGCAGAUCCUGGGGUUCAUCCGGCUGAGAUUCAGCGUCAAUUGCAGGAAUUACAGAGGUUGCAUAUUAAUGAACAGGAGCAAGCCGCGGUGUAUCGAAGGAAAUCUGAAGAGAAUAAUAAUCUUAUUGGAGGCUACGGCGGCGAUUUCUACGCGCAGAAGGCAAUGGAGAAGACUCCUCAGCCGAACGCGCCGCCAGCCCUGCAGCCACCGGCUGGAUACUGGCAGGAGAAGCAGGUUUCUAGUGGAGGUUUUCCGGCGACGGUAACGGCCACACCCGUUGGACCGGACCAACCGCCGGUCUACAUGAUCCACCAUCCCGGUGCUGUUUAUCACUCGCCUCAACAUCCGAUGGUGAGACCGGUUACUGCUCCGCCGCCCAAUCAAGGCUACUACACUGUACAGCGUAUGGCCUCAGAUAUGUACCGUGAGCAACCGGUCUAUAACGUUGUACAACCUCCACAACAGCCGUAUCCGGCCACUUCAUCGCCGUCUCUGCCGCAACAACCUCCAAAGGUCGCCGCCUAUCCCGGCGGCGGUAUGACUCUGGCGGCCGACUCAGGGCCGCCUUACACACAGGUGGCGUACGACAGCGCCACCGGGAGACAAGUAUACUACACGCAGGCGGAGGCCGCCCGUGUUAGCAUCACAACUCCACCGCCGCCUUACCAGGGGUGUCGGCGCGGUGAGCGGCGAUAUUAGAACAGGAGCAGUGGGCCAGGAUGGGAAGCUGAUUGCAAAGAUUUCACAAGGCUCAGUUUGAAUAACGACAUCAGCAUGUGGUAUAAAAUUUUGAGUUUUUUUUUUUUUUUUUUUUUUUUCAUUUUUCUUUAUAAUAUGAAUACUGAAUAUUUAAUUACGUGCUUAUGGUCUGAUAAUGCUUUUUUUUCUUGAUCUGUGAUAAAAAAAAAAGAUAAUUAGCAUAUUAUGUUUAUGUUAUCAUGUGUUAAUCAUCCAUCCAUCUGGGGUCUGUAUACAACGUUCUAGAGGUGAUAAACCCAUUUUCAUUUUCACUUCUAA